CUUGCCGGUCUUCAUUCGCCAGAAAUCCGUUACAGAGGACUACUUGUGCUUUAAACAUGUGACUGAGCGCGAGAGGGGGCGACGAAAGACCUCGCACCCGCGUCUACCGGCGACUACCCGCUCAAACGCGUCUCUCUCUCUCUCUCUCUCUCUCUCUCUCUUUCUCUCACACACACACACACACGAUGCCGGAGUAGGGUCAGGCAGAGAAGCGCUUAUGCUGACUUUCUAACGGAAUAUCUAAGACGUGCGUUUACGCACAAGCCUCCGACUGUUUCUUUAGUGCGCACGGUGUCUCUUUUUGGCCGUUUUUAAAGGAUAUCUUUUUUUUUAAUGAAAGGUUGUCGUGUUUCUACCAGGAACAUCCAAGUCGCUAUCGGAUCACCCCGCGCAGAGCAUCAUGGAUGCGGUUCCUUACCGAAGUUGGCCAUCGUGCGGGAGCGCGAGCGCGGACUGAAACACGCAGCCUGGUUCGGCUCUAAUGCGAACUCAUCAGCGUGCGUGUCAUUAUUCCUGAAGCCAAACACACGCAUGAAGAAGCCCGGUAAACUGGAAAUGACUGAUGAGCACAUUUGGAGCACGAAUGGGACGCGCUCAGAUGAACUUUGAAUGGGGCUCUUUGUCGGGGAGAUGGGAGGCCAUGUUGAUAUCCAGUGCUGAGUGGUGGAGCCAGUGAAUCCUCUCUCAUGGCUUUAUGGGAGUUGUUGCUAUCUCUCAGCCUUCACUGCUGGCUGGCUUCGUGUGCCAGUUUAAGUGAGGAAGGCCCCGCUGGACCCCUGGACUGGCUCCUCUCCGACAAGGGCCCCUUCCAUCACUCCCAGGAGUACACUGACUUCGUGGAGAGGAACCGCCAGGGCUUUUCUACUCGCUACAAGAUAUACAGGGAGUUCGGACGCUGGAAAGUGAACAACCUGGCUGUGGAGCGGAGGGAUUUCCUGGACUCCCCCUUACCCCUCAUGCCGGAAUUCAUCCGCAACAUCCGACUCCUCGGACGCAGACCCUCUGCAAAGCUAAUUACCGACAACCUUAUUAAAAAAUAUGGGACGCAUUUCCUCCUGUCGGCCACGCUAGGAGGUGAAGAGGCUCUAACCAUAUUUGUAGACAAGAGGAAGCUUAACAAGAAAUCAGAAGUGAGUGACUACACGAGUAACAGCACAGCUGUGACUCUUGAGGCACUCCACCAGUUGGCUGCCUCCUACUUCAUAGACAGAGAGAGCACACUGCGCAAACUGCACCACCUACAGAUUGCCUCCACUGCCAUCAAGGUAACUGAAACAAGGACUGGCCCUCUUGGAUGCAGUAACUAUGACAACCUUGAUUCUGUCAGUUCGGUUUUAGUUCAGAGUCCUGAAAACAAAGUCCACUUGCAAGGUUUGCAGGUCAUUCUGCCAGACUACCUCAGACAUACCUUUGUCCAGGCAGCUCUUGGCUACAUUGCCUGCAAUGGAGAAGGUGACUUUGUGUGCCGGGAUAAUGACUGCUGGUGCAAGUGUGACCCAAAGUUCCCAGAAUGUAAUUGUCCCUACAUGGAUAUUCAAGCCAUGCAAGAGAGCCUUCUUCGAAUCUCGGAAUCAUGGGAAUUCCUUUACAAAGAAUUCAAGGAAUCAGAUGAGUUCAAGUCAUUUCUGAUGAGGCUGCCACAGAACUUCUACCUCAACGCCUCUGCAAUCCACCACUUAUGGCUGCUGGAUGGCAUGUUUCAGCGGCGCUAUGAGCUGCUAGAGAGCAGCAUGAAGGGUCUGUUCAGGAGGGCCCAGCGAGUUGUCUACAAGCUCUUCAGUCUGAGCAAGAGGUGUCAAAAGCAGCCCCUUAUCAACUUACCACGUGAAAAGCCACGGUCAUACUGGCUGAACUACUUCCAGUCAUUACUCUACUGCUCAGAGAACAACCAGCUGGGCUUUUUCUCAGAGGAGCUGCACACCUGCAUUUGCGCAUAUGACCAAUACUCAUGCCAGGCACCCACUCCAUGUUCUGUAGGAGAGGGUCCAGCUUGUGCAUCCUGUGCCAGUGACAACUACACUCGCUGCGGUAGCUGCAACACUGGCUACAUGCUAAAUCAAGGAACCUGUCGGCCUAUGGUGGCUGAUUCCACUGACAACUACCUGGGCUUUGAGACUGACUUGCAGGACCUAGAGCUGCGGUACCUCCUGCAGAGGGCUGAUCGUCGCCUAGAGGUCCAUGCUAUCUUCAUUAGCAAUGAUAUGCGCCUCAACAGCUGGUUUGACCCUUCAUGGAGGAAGAGAAUGUUGCUCACACUAAAGAGCAACAAGUACAAAUCCAACUUGGUGCACAUGCUUCUGGGGAUCUCCCUCCAGAUUUGCCUUACUAAGAACAGCACCUUGGAACCUGCCCUUACUCUUUUCAUCAACCCCUUUGGUGGGAGCCAUUCAGAGAGUUGGUUGAUACCUGUAAAUGAGAACAAAUUCCCAAACUGGCAGUCCACUAAGCUGAACCUUCCACUUGAGUGUUUUAACUGGACCCUAACUCUGGGCAACAAGUGGAAGACGUUCUUUGAGACUAUUCACAUUUAUCUGAGAAGCCACAUUAAAACAUCAGGUCCUACUGCCAAUGAGACUAUUUACUUUGAACCUUUGGAAAUGGCAGACCCUUCCAGAAACUUGGGUUACAUGAAAAUCAACAGCAUACAAGUUUUUGGUUACAGUAUGCAUUUCAACCCGGAGGCAAUCCGGGACUUGAUCCUGCAGCUGGACUAUCCGUACACACAGGGCUCACAAGAUUCUGCCCUCAUGCAGCUGCUAGAGAUCCGAGACCGCGUUAACCGACUGUCUCCACCAGGCCAGCAGCCUCUGGACCUGUUCUCCUGCUUACUGCGCCAUCGCCUCAAACUCACAGUCAAUGAAGUGGUGCGUAUCCAUUCUUCUCUCCAGGCCUUCAGCGCCCGACUCCCAAACCCUCUUGAUUAUGAGACAACCAAACUUUGUAGCUAACAAAUAAAAGGUCGGGCAUCUAGAAUAUGUUUACACACAGAGAGGAGACUGCGCAUGAAUAAAAGAAAUUACUUAAUUAUUGACUAAAAUACUGUAUAUCUUUCCACAUUCACUCCAAGUGUACUCAAAUCAACCAAUUCAGUUUUCUUGUAUAGAGCAGCACUUAAAACAUUUGGUGGGCCUUUGCUAUAUAUGACUGCAAAUUUUCUAUGUUUUUUUUUUUUUUGUUGUUGGUUUUUUUUGCUUCAGUGACAGUGCACUUUCCUUAAACAGAAUACAGUGAUGUCAGUAUGUUUUGUAGAUAAAUUGUUAUUAAAACUUCAUGUAAUAUUAAUUAUUUACUAGUCUUCUUUUUUGGUUUAUCUGUUCAGCAAUUUACAUACUGGGAAAUUAUGUCCACCUUUUUAUAUGAUGUAACGAUAAUGUAAAUGAGAUUAAACAUAAGUGCUUGAUUAAAUAGUAAUAUAACAUUCAUUAACGUAAUUACAUUAUGGCUUGUUAUGAUAAGCUGUCUCCUUCUGUCUGAAAGAAUCAGAAUUUUUUUUUUAACAAAAAAAUGACAUGGUUGAUUAACAUUACAGAUCAUGUGUUUUGUGACAAAUUAACAGUGCUGCUCACUGCCAUGGCGAAGCUGUGUUAGACUUUCUCAGAUGUGUUGAUAUCAUUUUAUAAAGUCGGGCCUUACAUUUCACACACACACACACACACACACACACUCACACACACAACCCAAAUGAUGGUGUUGUAGAUUGUAAUUAUUAAUUGUUAAUAAUGUUACUAUUAAUAUUACUUUUACAUUGCCAUUAUUUUCUCUAUUUGUAUUUGUAUUAUCUUAUUUGUGUUUGUUUUUCUCUUUUCCUCAUCUUUCUCAUUUUUUGUGUUGUCUUGUUUUACAUCUGCUUUACUUCUUAGUGUCUCUCUGUUUAUGGGACCAUGUUGAAGCAUCUAAUAAGAGGGGGGAUUUGCAGAUUUGCCAUUUGUCUGUCAUCCUUCACAGACAGUGUGACAUAGUGUUAUUAUUAUUAUUAUUAUUACAUUUUUAUAUGUUCCUCUUGUGUUUGUGGUGUGUAACUGUAGUAGUUAUGGCCAAAAGUUUGUGAACACUUGACCAUUACACACAUGUGUUCCUUCCUCAAACGGUUGCCACAAAGUUGGAAGCACACACUUGUAUAGUAUGUCUUUGUAUGCUGUAGAAUUACAAUUUCUCUUCACUGGAACUAAGAGGCCCAAGUCUAUUCCAGCGUGACAUUGUCCCUGUGCACAAAAUGAGCUUUUUGAAGACAUGGUUUGCCAAGGUUGGACUGGAAGAACUUGAUUGUCCUGCACAGAACCCUGAACUCAACCCCACUGAACACCUUCGGGAUGAACUGGAAUGCUGACUAUGCCCCAGGCCUCCUCAACCUAUAUCAGUGCGUGACCUCACUAAUGCUCUCUUGGCUGAAAGGACAAAUCCCCCCAGCCACGCUCCAAAAUCUAGUGGAAAGACUUCCUAAAAGAGUGGAGGUUAUUAUAGCAGCAAAGGGGGACUAAAUCUGGAAUGAGAUGUUCAACAAGCACAUUUGGGUGUUAUGCUCAGGUGUUCACAGACAUUUAGCUAUAUAGUUUAAGUGUCAAAAAAGGCUAUAAUAACAAAGGAGCCUUACAGUGAAUGUUAAACUGAAGUGGUAACAUAGUGCCUUUGUAAAUGUGCGCUAGAAAUGAUCAUAACUCCUCCAGUCAGUGAUGUUUCUUUUAGAUAAAGUCAUGCUCAGUUUUGUUUUAGGUGCUUUGAUUCAAUCAUUUGAUUCACAUUUACUGUGGUGAACAGGUCAGGAGGUUCGCAUAUACCCUUCAAUUUUUCCAUCAUUCAUCUACAGAUGAUUUAUUUCAGGCCAUCACUGUCAAUAUACAGGUUAAUGAUAUUGAUUUUUUAAUGUAAAGGUCAAACUAUUGUGCAAAGAUAUAGAGAUGAAAAUGCUAGAAUGUGUGAAAGGGGCACAGAGAAUAUGCUAGAUUAUAGAAUAUAUAACGUUUCUACCAGAUCUAAUUACUCUAGCUGUAAUUUCUUCUUCAUUUCAUGCUGACCACAUUUUACAUAGGAAAGAUUGCUCACUGGCACAAUGACAGUGAAAACAAAUGAGCAAGAAUGAGCAAGGGCAUAAUUAGUGCUAAAAUGCAUCUACUAAUAACCAGCAUGCUACCUAGAGAGAAAUUAGUGGGAAAUUAGUGCUUGUCAGUAAUGCCAAAAUGAGUUAACACAUUGUUUUCAUAAUGGCAAAUAGGAAAGUACAAAAUGGCUAUUACAAAGGUAAUCAGUCUUUCUCCCAGCCUGGCAAAAACAGAAAAAAAAUGCACAUGGAAUGUACAAUGGUUCAUUUCCCACAAUACACCUAUGGUUAUUGGCUUUGUAAAGACAGCGUAAUGUCUAAUUACUUGUGUGGCAGUCUGGAAAACCUUGUCAGAUAUGGCUGUGGCUAAAUUCUGGAAAAUGGCCAACCAUGUACUAAAAUUUGGGUAUAGACUAAAAUUACAAGCACACACACAGACACACACGCUGUAUUCAUGCACAAAAGUCUUAGGCAAAUGCAAAGAAAUGCUGUAGAGAAAAGAUUCCUGCAAAAAUAAUGAAAUUAAAUGUUUCUACAUUAAAAAAUACUACAUAGAGAAGUAAACAGUAAUAAAUGAAACAAAGUUAAUAUGCGGUGUGACAAUCCUUUGCUUUUAUAUAUACAUAUAUAUAUAUAUGUGCAAGGUAUAAGGUAGAAAAAGUAGAGACCAGCUCAGUGCAAAUAUAGACGGUGCAUGUAGUAAUUAGUCAGUAAUGUGCAAAGAGGCAAGUUCUGAAUGAGGUGUAAGGGCAAGUUACCGCGGUAGUGCAAAUGAUAAGAUAUAGAUGGUAUUUAGGAAUGCAAACAGCAUAUAUAUUGUACAGCCUUUUUUUUUUUUUUUUAUGGGUCAGAAUAGGAGUGUACACUUCAGCACCAGAGUUCAGAAUUCAGAAGGCUGACAGCUGAUGGGAAGAAACUGUUCCUGAAACUGCUAGUGAGACAGCGAAGAAUGCUGUGGCAUUUCCAGAUGGUAGAGGAGUAAACAGACCAUGGUUGGGGUGAGAGGUGUGUUUGAUUAUACUUCUCACCCUCCAUAAGCAGAGUUUGUGAUGAUUCUUUUUGA